GUGUUUUGAACACUAUUUUUAUCCACGGCGAAGUUAAAGCUCGGCCUUACCGUGUUCGAGCAUUUCAGGGAUGCGCUUUCGCGACUCAUGCUGCUGCCGGAAGUGGUGGCCCUCGGGGCCUAUCAGAUGAAUCAUGUGUGGGCCGUAACUUUUUCGAACGAGGCGGCCAAAAAGAAGAUAUUGGACACAGAAGGAUUCCUUGUCAAGGAACACCGUUGCGUAGUCAUUGACCCGUGCAACCAGGGUGUCAGGCUCAAGCUCUUCUGGCUGUUGCAUGGUGUUCCUGACGAAGACGUCAGAACAGCCUUGGCACCGUUCGGAAGAGUAACUGAAGUGACGAGAGAGAAGUGGAGAGUCCAGGGCUGCAACGACAAAGGAACCACGACACGGUCUGUGGUCCUGAAACUCAAGCCCGGAAUGACAGCAGACGACCUACCACACCAACUUCGUGUUGCGGAAGACCUGGCUCUCGUCAUUGUCCCGGGCAGAGCACCCCUCUGCCUCCGGUGCCGUGGCACUGGACACAUUCGACGAGAAUGCCGGGUUCCACGCUGUGGGCUGUGUCGUCGCUUUGGCCACGACGAGACCCAGUGCGUGAGAACGUACGCCAACGUUGCAGGCCCAGGCAGGAGCGAGGACUCGUCCGAGCUUCUCAUGGAUCAAGAGGACGCCGAAGAGGCCGCCAAAGGAGCAGCUGAAGGGGCGGCGGCUCAGUCUGCACCACUGGUUACGAAGACCGCAAAGGUGAACCUGAAGGGGAUAGAAGAAGGCAAUGUGUCGCAUUCUGCGCCUCCACCUGCCAAGGUUCAAGUGACGGCAAGCUGGUGCUGA